ACUCAACCAUUGCCUUCAAGAUGUACUGUGGCUUUUCUGAUGGGACCAUGUGCAGAAUGGAUCGUUGUUCCCAGGGUAACAAUAGCUGGGAACUGGUAACACAAGUUUCUGGAGGUCCAAAUUCUGAUCACACGACUUUACCCAGUGGAAGCAAAAACUAUGGUGGAGAAGUAGGCUACUUCAUGCAUGUUAGCACAGCAACCGGUCAGGAGGGAGACACAGCACAACUGGAAACUCAGAGGAUGACUCCCAAAAGAGACUGUCAUAUCCAGUGUCUGCAGUUCUACUAUUACCACAGUGGAGAUGAGUCGGAUGUUCUCAACAUCUGGAUCAGAGAGUUUGAGAAUGAACAGGACUCAACAGGAACCCGACGCCUCAUGGGGCAGAUCACUGGUUCCCAAACAUCUCACUGGAGGCUUCAUCAUGUUUCCUUAAAUGCUUCUAAAAGCUUCCAGGUGGUGUUUGAAGCUCAGAAAGGAGCAGGACUCUCUACAGGAGGCUUCUCAGUUGAUGACAUCAAUCUGUAUGAGACUGAAUGUCCACAUUUAACACUGCAGAUUGAUGACUUUGAGAGAGUCCUGAACACUAGUGUCUCAGGAUCCCGCAUAUACAGUUCACGGCAGUACUCCAGUGAGGGUUAUGCAAACAACUGACUUUUCAAAUGCUGGAUCAGACCACCACCAUUCAGCAGCAGAUGGCAAAGCGGUGGAGUUUCACCACAAAUGAAAAUCAAGUCUAUGCUGGUUCCUCUGUGUGGGAGAAUCCACGUGUGAAAGAGAAUCAGGUCUUUGUAGACCAAAAUAAUCAGCCAGUCUAUGGUGGACUACUUUAUGGCAUGGGAAGUUUUGCAACUUUGAAAGAAAUGAAAACCAGAGAGUUCCUGAAAGGAGGAAGUGCAAUCUUUACUCUCGACUUUCAAGAUCUUACCCCUCUUGUUACUGAAAACACUCUGCCAUGUCCUAAAGUGAGACCAUUGAGCUUCACACACCAGCCCGCAAUGGAAAAUGUCCCCCCAUGUUUACGGACUUCGCCCACUACAGUUCCAACUCAGCCCGCCACGAUUCCAACCCCAACUCAGCCAAAUCCUCCAACCACAGAUAACAGCAUUUUCAACUUCUCUCCUCGUGUGAUGCCUCCUGUCGUCCUCAUCUUCAUGCUCAUGCUGAUGCUUCUGGUUCCUUAAUAUGCAAAGGCCUAUCAUGCAUUGAAUGUUUCAUAUUGGUUACAUUUGACUUUCUUCUAACUUGUUUUUUUUUUAUUUACAUUAGGUAAUUUGGUCCUAUUGUAUGUUUUAUUUAACUUAAAUCACACUCUUUUUUUGAAAUGAUAUGUACUGGAAAGAGGUCUGUGAUGGUAUCAAAGAUUUGGGGAUGGGAAUACAUUUUCUUCUAUAAGCCUCA